GUUACUCUGUAGUGAAUUUAUUUUAAUAGUCUGGAUGCAGGAAAAGAUAACCUUUGUUGAAUUACACAAGAAGCUCACCAAGAUGGGCUUUGCUGCUUGGAAAACGAUAACCGAAAAAGACAUAUUCAGCGGAAACCCGUAUGUCUACAGCAAUUUUGUUCGGUUUAUCUUCACACAUUUUGCGAGUGUGACGGCGGAAUUAAUGAAAAAGCAUGACUGGUUCGUCAUUGAGAGCAAUGAUGUGGCGCUGGGGAAGGCUUUUAUUCGCUUAUUGAACAAUGAGUUUGGUUUCAUUUCUCCGAUUACUCCUACUCAGUAUGCUAAGCGGCAGUUUUCUCACGCCAAAAUGCACCUGUGUUUGGCCCUUAUUAAAUUCCUUUCAAAAGCUGGUUCGAAAGUAACCCCGCCACAUCAUGGAGUAAUUUCUAAGCGGGAGACCAUUCCCAACAGGGCCUUUUUAAUAGACAUUAUUGAGUGCCAGGAAGCUGAGCUCAUUAGAGAGAGGCGAAGCGCUCUUAACCGAAUGCCUCGAUUUUAAUAACUUCUAGAAUAACCAACUUCUUCCCUCCGCACAUACACUUCCCUUCCCACCCCCUGGAUAAAAAAUACAAAUAGACGAACGAACGAUAUUGCAAAUGCUUGAUGAUAUUUUCCAAACAUAGAGUGACACCUCGGUUAGAUUAGGGUUGUGGGUGUUCACUCGAUUCAAUUCCUUCUUUACCCUUCACUCCCCAUUUUCCCCUCCCUCUCCAUACACACACCUUCUUCUUCUUAUGUGUUGUUUCCUUGAA